AUGCCCCUGGCCCAGAGGCGGGCGGCCGCGGCGCUUGGGUCGCGCUCGGGGGUCAGGCCUGCGGUGCUGCUGCAGAGGGCUGAGGGUGCUCUCGUGGCGCCUGUUGGGCCCGCCGCGCUGCCCGCGGCGCCGGCCGCGCCGGGGGCUGCCGCGGCCCCCGCCGCUGGCCCCCUCGCUGAGGGGCCCGCGCCCGCGAGCCUGAGAGCGGGGCCGCCGCCCGCCAGUCCUGGCGACGACGCCCACCUCUUCGCCAUCGCGAGGGAUGUACGAGGUGUCUUGCACGCUGACUUCCGCGGCAUGGUGGCACUGAUGGUCGGGCCCCCAGGGCCUGAGCUGCGAGUGCGCGAGCCUCGCGCGCUGCUGAGGUUGAUGCAGUAUAUGGCGCAGCGGCCGGUGACUCCGACUGCUCAUCACCAGCAGUGGCCGGCCAAGAUGGGGCUCAGCCCAGAGUCCCACGGCGUGGAGAUCUACCAGAUCGGGCGCAUGGUCACAGAGUCGGCUGUCGCCUACGACCUGGUUCUCCUCGCGAACUUGGGGCACCUGGAGCUCGCGGCUCGUUUGGCGCAG